UUCAACAAGUCGGGAAACACCCCGUACAUCCCAUGUAUCAUGCAUCUGUCACUAUUUGCUCGUAGUAGUUUUCAUGUACGACUAUGUCUAAAAGAUAUUAGAUAAGAUUUUCAUGGAAGACUACUUGAUUUGGACCAGCACUACUUGAAUUGCAACAGAUUGAUCUCUCUCUGCAACAGAUUGAUCUCUCUCUGCAACAGAUUGAUCUCUCUCUCUCUCUCUCUCAUUCAUCUCUAUCAUCUCUUCUCCCCCACCAACCUCUUGAUCUCUGCAACAAUGGCGGCAAGAGAAGCUUCAUUCAUGCUGUUUCUAACCCUCAUCUUUCUCAUCUUCCUACGAUUUGCUGAACCCGUUGUGCCCCCACAAGAAGUGGAAACUGUCGAAAACAUUCUUGCUGACAUGAAUGCAACAAACUGGAGAUUUAAUGGUGAAAAUUGCAUGCUUGAUAUGAUUUCUCAAGUCCCAAAGCCAACUGAAGAAGCAAAUGCAACCAUCACAUGCGAAUGCAACAUUGGAAACGAUACAAAUUGUCAUGUCGUAAGCUUCAUACACAAAUGGUAUAGUCUUGAUGGGAUACUUUCGCCUGAAUUAGCAAAACUUCCUUACCUACGAUCCUUUGAUGUUGCUUACAAUUUCUUACAAGGCACGAUACCGCGUGAAUGGGGUUCAUCGCAGAUGGAAGAAAUUUUGAUUCUUGGAAACCGUAUCACCGGAGAAAUCCCACCGGAACUAGGCAAUCUCACGAGUCUUAGAAAUCUGGACCUUGAAGCAAACUAUCUCUCAGGAACUAUUCCACCACAAUUAGGGAGAUUAAUCAAUUUGAGAUCUUUGAUCUUGUCUUCGAACCAGUUCACAGGGAGACUGACACCGGCGCUUGGUCAACUAGUAAAUCUUAGAAAUUUUAGGAUAAACGAUUGCAACUUCAGUGGGCCGAUACCUGAUUUUAUACAGAACUGGAGACAAGUUAAUAGAUUACACAUGGUGGCUAGUGGACUCACGGGGCCGAUUCCCUUAAACAUAUCUCUUCUCGACAGCCUAAAUGAUCUGAGAAUUAGUGACAUAAAUGGUCCACCUCAACUAUUUCCUCCCCUUAACAGAACCACAACGUUAACAAGAUUGAUCUUGAGAAAUUGCAACCUUUUUGGGGAAAUACCGGAUUAUAUUUGGCAAUUGAGAGAUCUCACAUUGUUGGACGCAAGUUUUAACAAUUUAGUAGGGAGAAUAUCCAACAAUAUCCUUCAGAGGAGCAUACGAUAUGUAUUUCUAACUAGCAACAUGCUAAGCGGAGACAUACCAAAUAAUCUGUUGGAAGUUAAUGGGGCUGCAAUUGAUCUUUCCUACAACAAUUUUACAUGGCAAGAACCUAAUCAACCCUCAUGCGAACAAAACAGGGAUAGAUUGGUAAACUUGUUCAGAAGCUCUUCAACCGGAAACUCGAUACAGGAUGUGCGUCCAUGCUUUGAAGAUAUCAAGUGUCAUAGAUAUGCAUGUUCGUUACACAUUAAUUGUGGCGGGGAUGAUGUGACGAUUAGAGAAAACGAGAGGUCGGUUCUUUACAAAGGAGAUGCUAUUGUGGAUGGUGGUGUAGCAAAUUUAUAUGAUAGUGGCAAGAAUUGGGGAUUUAGUAGUACCGGAGACUUCAUGGAUGAUGCUAUUUUCACAAACAUCGGAUAUAUAGAAUCUUUGGAGGGGAGCACAGACUUACCGACCCUAUACACAACCGCUCGUCUAUCACCACUCACGCUCACUUACUUUGGCUAUUGUUUGGAAAACGGGGAAUAUGCGGUUCAGUUGCACUUUGCAGAGAUCAAAUUCACCAAUGAUAGCACGUAUAGAAGUCAUGGUCGGCGGAUAUUUGAUAUCUAUAUUCAGGGACGGCUUGUUAGAAGGAAUUUUAAUAUUGAAGACGAGGCGGGUGGGGUUUCAAUUCCGUUGGUUAUAAUGUUCAAUGCAAGUGUGACCGAUAACAUUCUAGAGAUAAAGUUUUAUUGGGCAGGUAAAGGGACGACCCGUUUUCCUACAAGAGGAGUCUAUGGACCUCUUAUAUCAGCUAUUGAUGUUGACCCAUACUUUAAAACUUGUUCAAUCGGUGGAAAAAAGACAAACAUAGCAGUUUUUAUUGGCGUCGCGGUUGCGGUUCCGUGUUUUGUAUUGUUAAUCUUGUUCAUUUUAUGGCGGAGAAAAUGUUUUAAAAGACAAAGAACAAAUGACAAAGAUUUUGAAGGAAUGUCAUUGAAAACAAUUUCAUUUACGUAUAAACAACUUAAAUCAGCUACGGACAACUUUAGCCCUUCAAACAAAAUCGGCGAAGGAGGUUUUGGGCCGGUUUACAAGGGUACAUUGAGUGAUGGCACUUUGAUUGCAGUGAAGAAGCUUUCGGCUCAAUCAAGGCAAGGAAACCGAGAAUUCUUGAAUGAGAUUGGUGUGAUUUCUUGCUUACAACAUCCAAAUCUUGUUAAACUCCAUGGAUGUUGCAUUGAAGGAGAUCAAUUGUUGCUUGUUUAUGAGUACAUGGAGAAUAAUAGCCUUGCAAGCGCUUUGUUUGAGUCGAGUAAAAGUCGAUUAAUGAUGGAUUGGGCAACGAGGUUGAAGAUAUGUAUUGGGAUUGCUCGAGGUUUAGCUUUUCUUCAUGAGGAAUCAAGGAUCAAAAUUGUGCAUCGAGACAUCAAAGCAACAAACAUUUUGCUUGAUAAAGAUCUGAACCCUAAAAUAUCAGAUUUUGGAUUAGCAAGGCUACAUGAGGACGAGAAGACACACGUUAGCACUAGAGUUGCAGGAACAAUAGGAUACAUGGCACCUGAGUAUGCACUCUGGGGUUACUUGAGCGAUAAAGCAGAUGUUUACAGCUUCGGAGUUCUAGUGUUAGAAAUCGUCAGCGGCAAGAAUAACAACAGUUACAUUCCAACAAAUGAUUGCAUUUGUCUUCUAGAUUGGGCUUGUCGAUUGGAAACGAGUAAACACUACGAAGAGCUUUUUGAUGAAAGAUUGGAGUCGGGAAUCAACAAAGAAGAAGUGGAAACGGUGGUGAAAGUAGCGCUUUUGUGCACCAACGGUUCUUCGUCGAUGAGGCCGACGAUGACGGAGGUGGUAAAUAUGCUUGACGGGAAAACUUGUGUGCCGGAGAUAAUCCCGGAGGCAAGCGGUUACUCUGAAGAUCUAAGAUUCAAAGCCAUGAGAGACUUCCGACGUGAUAUGAAUGGUCAAAAUAGUUCCAACGGUGGUCAAACUCAGACUACUGACACGAUUCCAACAGGUACAAAUCAUUCUUUGUCAUCUUCCGAUGAUCAAUUUGAGAUGCAGAUCAUCGAUACCAGAUCCUGAUGAAGAAGAUUGAGGUGGAAGAUACUUUGAUUAUUAGCAAUUAGGGUUCAGAACAUUUCCCGAAAACAUUGAAUCUGGUGGGUUUGUAUGUGUGUGUUGUGUUUGUCUUGUGCGAAGAAAAUGGUUUGAAAACAUGAUCCAUUGGGAAUGGAUCACGGCGUAACAGGGCGACGGCUGGCGGAGGCGCCUCGUUCUCUCCGGCUUAACAUUUUUUGAAUAAUUAUUUAAUUUGUAUAAAUCUUUUAGGAAAUAGGUAGUUGUAUAUUUGUAUUUUUUUGUGCACUCUUAUACAAAAAGAAUGUUUUUGAA